GUAAUUUUUUCUAAAUUUGUAAUCUUUUAAACAAAAAUAAGUAAAAUGCAUAAAUAUUCAUGUGAAUUAUUAAAGAUCGGGCAAUAAAAAUUACACACUGUGCAUAUAACAAUGACUGCGAAAGAAAAUAUUUCUUCGGAAAUAAAAAAAGCAACUCUUCCAUUAUUGAUUUGUAAUUGGAUUUUUGGAAUAGGUAUUUUAGAAUACCCCUUAGGACAACCACGUCGAUUAAUUAGUGGUCUAUACAUAGCAAGCAAUUUAAUUAUUUACUGUUUACUCGCAAUAUAUUCAUACCAGUAUACCAUAGCAUUUAGCCGAGAGAUAGAAGCUAACGACAGUAUUGCCAACGUUUUCUUUGCUAAUUAUAUUUUUCUAACCAUAAGUACUGUACUGCUAGGAUGGCAUAGAAGUAGGAAAAUACACUGUAUUCUCGAGCGUGGCAUUACAACAGAUCAAUAUCUGCAAAAAAUUGAAACAAAAACGGUUUAUCAAAAAACCUUAAAGAUACAAUUACGAAAGCAAUUGAUUCAUUUACUAAUUAUCGCUACAGCUGUAUUAAUGAUUAAUUUUACAUUAAUUUAUAAGAAAAAACUAUCAAUCAGAGAUAUGGUAUCUUUAAUUUCAUUCAAUUAUCCUUUAGUCAGUAUGUCUGUUGUAGAUGCAACAUUUUUUCAUUUUGUACACUAUUCGAAAUUGAAAUUCAAGAACCUUAAUGAUACUUUAAAGAAUACACUAACAACGAGCUUUGAUAUUCCACAAUACUUUAAUACAAUUAAAUAUUUUGAAAAACAAUCUAAUACAGAAGAUGAAUCAUCAAUAGUAAAUACAAUUAGUGAUCAAAACUAUACUAUCAGUAUGGCAAGACUUGACAGUUACCAUGUUUAUUCUAUGAUGGGUACUGUAAUUAUCUAUAAUUCUAUAAAAAUAUACCUCUUUACAAAAUGCUGCAAUGAUGUAAUUCAAGAAACUCUUAGAACGGGAGAUAUUCUUUCAAAACUGUACGAAGAAAUGAUUACUAAAGAGAGUAAGAACGAGGGUUUGAGUAUAUGCGUUUCAAAGUUGCUUUUAGUUGAUGAGCUAUUGGACAAAAUUGGCGUACCAAGGAAUUACGCAGCUAUGUACAAACAAUCCGUCAUCAGAACUUCUACCGGACUGGUCUUCAUAUUGUCGUGUAUAACAGUUGAUUCAAUUACAAUUUUGUCAAAAGAUAUGCCAUUGGACAAGAAAAUUCUGACUGCCUUUGUAAGUUAUUCAAAGAAAGACAACUCAUAUAUUAUUGAAACAUCUCGAAAAGUACACCUCGAGUUGGUCGAGGCAAGUCAAAUGGGAAAUGCAUUAUUUGGACUGCAACUUAUUUUAUCAAUAGCGGUAACAUUAAUCAUGAUCACUUCGGAAUUGUAUAAUGCAUCUACAUUAAUAAGAUAUGGCGUGUCUCCGCAUACACUUCACGUUGCUCUCAUUGUAUCGGCAGUUUGGAUGAUUUAUUAUGGAAUUAAAAUGUACGUUUUCAGCUGGACCUGCACUCGUUGUACACAAAAUGCCAAUGAAACUGGUGAUGUAAUCGCUGAAUUAUACGAUGAAUUGUUCAUCAGCUCUCAAACACGACAAGAGAUACGCGAAUUUAAUGUGCAGCUUAUACAAGAUCCAUUAAAAUUUACAGCAUAUGGAUUUGUUAAUCUAGAUUAUACUUUGAUACACGGGAUGAUAGCCUCGAUAACCACAUAUUUGAUGAUUUUAAUACAACUUGACAAACUGCACACAUAUUUAAGAAAUUAA